AUGGAAAAUGCAAGCCGAGAAAAAGGGUUAAAACCGAGGGAUACGUCGGCAUCAAGGCGGGAAGGGGUAAUGCAAGAUAAUGGUACCAGACCUGUGUCGGGGGGUGUGGAUUUGGAAGACACUGCGUCCUCACCUAGCAAAUCGCUAUCCCAUGCUCCCUCUUUGGUAGACAGAAUCCGCUCGUUAAGGGACGAGGAGGAGCGGGAACGACGUAUUCGAGAAGAGGCAUGGAAUGAGGAGUCAGCUACUAAUCUAUACGUGCAUGAGGAAGCAGUGGUGAUGGGGGAUCAUGAAGGGGUUAGAUUAACUACUGAGUAUGGGCAAUCAAGUGAUCUAAACGUGGAACAAGUUUCGCCCAUCCAUGAGAGUGCUAGUUCUACUGUACAAGGCCUUGACCUUAUGAUUGGUCUGGGGCCCAUUAUAGAAAAGACCAUGCAUAGAGCGAGUCAUGGGAAGAAACAGAGGAAGAACAAACGGGAUUAUGUUGAGACAAUCCUCAACAUGGAGUCUGCGAAAAAUUUUGAGAUUACACCUAUACCCAAUAUGAGUGUCAGUGGUAGGAAGAAGGCAUGUGGAAGCAUGAGUGGUGGAGAUCGGCCACAAUGGGUCUCCACGGGUGCCAUGAAAAUUCUUGUAUGGAACUGUCAGGGCAUCGAGGGUAAUAUGAUAGUUUCAUGUCUUAAGGAGCAAGUGAAGCUCCAUACUCCCAACAUGGUGUUGCUCAUGGAAACUAAAACUAGGAGUCAUCGCUAUGGUUUUCUGAAGAAGAUUUUAGGCAUGAACUUUAUGCACGCUGUCGAAGCAAAGGGAUUAAGUGGGGGCCUCUGUUUAGUCUGGAAGGAGGCUUAG